AAUUGAUACUUAUCCAUUUAUUCGAUUUCUUGCAUCAUCAUGUCCUCCCAUACCAAUCUCCCCUCUCCCAAACAAGUUCCUAAACCGGAUCACCGUAUCUCCGGUACAUCCCAAACCAAGAAACCACCGUCUUCCUCCGUCGCUCAAGACCAACAAAACCUAAAAUGCCCUCGCUGCAACUCUCCAAACACAAAGUUCUGUUACUACAACAACUACAGUCUCUCUCAGCCUCGUCACUUCUGCAAAUCUUGUCGCCGUUACUGGACACGUGGAGGCGCUUUAAGAAACGUUCCCAUCGGUGGUGGUUGCCGGAAAACCAAAAAAUCCAUCAAACCUAAUUCCUCCAUGAACACACUUCCUUCGUCUUCUUCUUCUCAGAGGUUCUUCUCUUCAAUCAUGGAAGAUUCAUCCAAAUUCUUCCCUCCUCCGACAACAAUGGAUUUUCAGCUCGCCGGAUUAUCUCUCAACAAAAUGAACGAUCUUCAACUUUUGAAUAACCAAGAAGUUCUUGAUCUUAGGCCCAUGAUCUCCUCGGGUCGAGAAAACACACCCGUUGAUGUCGGGUCGGGUUUAUCCUUAAUGGGUUUUGGAGAUUACAACAACAACCAUUCACCGACGGCUUUCACAACCGCCGGAGCAAGCGACGGGAACUUAGCUUCUUCCAUAGAGACUUUGAGUUGUUUAAACCAAGAUUUACACUGGAGGCUUCAGCAACAGAGGAUGGCGAUGCUUUUUGGUAAUUCUAAGGAAGAAACUGUUGUUGUGGAGAGGCCCCAACCUAUUCUUUAUCGGAAUCUUGAGAUCGUGAACUCAUCAUCGCCGUCGUCUCCGACGAAGAAAGGAGAUAAUCAGACAGAGUGGUAUUUUGGUAAUAACAGUGAUAAUGAAGGAGUGAUUAGUAAUAAUGCUAAUACAGGAGAAGGAAGUGAAUGGAACAAUGGAAUUCAAGCUUGGACUGAUCUUAAUCAUUAUAAUGCUUUGCCUUGAUUCUUGGUAAUAAAAAGAUCAAGAAUUA